AUGGGCUCCUUGCUCGAACCGACGUUCAGCUCCUCGGCCUUCUUCUACGACCGACAUGCACCCCACCAACCGAUCGUAAACGCACAUGGAGCCUCUUCGGCAGUGUCGACUUCGGCUUCGCAGGUUGAGGGUCAGGACUGGAGACCUGGUCAGGCGGCGAUCGGGGUCAGUUCCUCGCGAGGGGGUGGGUACGCGCAAUCAAGAGUCGGCGAACUGAAGUUGGGUAGGGUUCGAUGCACAGUCCCAUUCGAAUCCUAGGGUUUCUUACUACUUUCCCAAGGGAGUGGGCGAGUAUCAUUUCGGGGUCAGUCCACACCGAAUGCGCCACCCCGAAUGCGCUUCUUUCCUCCGUUCUCUCCAUCGACCCGACUGAACCUCAGCCCAUCUUCUCGUCACGCACCACAGGAACGUCACCCGAUGAAACCUCACCGUUUGACUCUGACGAACCACCUCGUGAUGGGCUAUGGGCUGCAUCGCAAGAUGGACAUGUACGACCCGAGACCGGCGACCGCGGACGAGCUGCAGACCUUUCAUGACGAGGAUUACGUCGAUUUCUUAUCGAGGUAGGUCCGUUCACGAACGAGUCAGCGGGCCUUGAUCUGAUAUGCUCUUACUCUUGCCUCGGGUCCGGGUAAAGAGUCACACCCGACAACGUCAGCGCAUUCACCUCCGUCCUCUCUCGCUUCAACGUCGGUGACGACUGCCCCAUCUUUGGCGACAUGUACGACUAUUGUCGCCAAUACGCCGGCGCGUCCCUCAUGGCCGCGAGGAAGAUCGUCCAAGGCACGACCGACAUCGCCAUCAAUUGGAGUGGGGGUUUGCAUCAUGCGAAAAAGGCAGAGGCGAGUGGGUUUUGUUACGUCAAUGAUAUCGUCUUGGCGAUCUUGGAGUUGCUUAGGUCAGUUUUUUUUGUUGGGGAAACGGGAGCGGAUCCGAGCAAGCGAAAGUUGAUGGUUCGAUCUCUGCACCAGGGUUCACGCGCGAGUACUCUACAUCGAUAUCGAUAUCCACCACGGCGACGGCGUACAAGAGGCGUUUUACAACUCGAACCGGGUCUUUACCGUCUCGUUCCACAAGUACUCGUCCGAUUUCUUCCCCGGUACAGGGGACAUGACCGAGAUUGGACAUUCCCUGGGCAAAUACUUUACGCUCAACAUCCCAUUACAAGAUGGGAUCGACAACGAGUCGUACGUCUCGUUGUUCAAGGCGAUCAUGGAACCGACGAUCGCGACCUUUCAACCGAGUUCGAUCGUACUGCAAUGUGGGGCCGAUUCGUUGGGGUGUGAUCGGCUGGGUUGCUUCAAUUUGUCGAUCGCGGCGCAUGGGGAAUGCGUGAGGUUCAUCAAGUCGUUCCAAAUCCCACUCAUCGUCUUGGGCGGAGGAGGGUACACGAUCAAGAACGUUUCGAGGUGUUGGACCUACGAGACCGCGGUCUUGUUGGACCUGCAAACCGAUCUACCGAACACUUUACCCCAUACAGCGUACGACGAUUUCUUCAACCCGGAUUGGAAACUCCAUCCCGAUUUGGUGCAGGGCAGGAAUCGGGUGGAGAAUUUGAACUCGAAAGCGUUGUUGGAGAGGAUUCGGAUCGACGCGUUGGAGAGGUUGAGGUACUUGCAUGGCGCUCCGAGCGUGGGGAUGUGCGAGGUCCCGCCCGGGUUGGCGCCUUGGUUGUUGGAGGAGGGGGACCGUAAGAGGAGGGAAGAGGAGGACGCCGAGGCGAAGGCGGACGAUCAUGGGGAGGAGGGGAAUGGGGUCGGGAACGCAAGGUGA